UAGACCCAGGACUUCCAAGAAGCGAGUCGCACGGACGUUGGUGGCCAUUUUGAGCAGAAACCUCUUCCUUCAACCUCAACAUGGGUAAAAUGAAGAAGACGAAGAAGUUUGCUGCGGUGAAACGAAUGAUUUCACCGAAGGAUAUGAGAAUAAAAGAAAAUCAAGAAAAAGAAAUAGCGAAAAGGAAGAAGAAAGAAGACGAGCAAACUCGCCACGUGGAACAAUCAUCAUCUGCCUUGUUCUUUCAAUACAACACUCAACUUGGGCCUCCAUAUUAUAUACUGGUGGACACUAAUUUUAUAAACUUCUCCAUAAAGAAUAAACUGGAGAUUGUGAAGUCUAUGAUGGAUUGUCUAUAUGCAAAAUGUGUUCCAUGCAUUACUGACUGUGUAAUGGCAGAGUUAGAAAAACUGGGUCCAAAGUAUAGAGUGGCACUUAGAAUGGCCAAGGAUCCUCGUUUUGAACGCUUGCCUUGUAUGCACAAAGGAACUUAUGCUGAUAACUGUAUAGUUAACAGAAUACAACAGCACAAGUGUUAUAUUGUGGCCACAUGUGACAGAGAUCUGAAAAGAAGGAUACGCAAGGUUCCAGGGGUCCCCAUCAUGUACAUUUCUCAACACAAGUACACAAUUGAAAGAAUGCCUGAUGCAUAUGGAGCACCAAGAGUAUAGGCAGACAGGGUGUUUUGAGUACAUUCUCGUGUGGUCUACGAGAUGUCACCUCUUUGAAAGACGUGUCGGAAUUACAAGUCAGAAAAUGUGCGCAUUCUGAAUAG